ACACGCGCACGCACAACUGUGCUGUGCAACUUGGAGGGGCUCAAAAAAUUGGAAAUAUUAAUUGCGUGUAACCUAAAAAUGAAAUAAUGGAAGUGUGCAUACUUCAAAUAAGGCAAAUGAUGAGGUGACAGGCUGAAGAGGGACCCAAAGGGGGGCAAACCAGCACAAACAAAAGAGUGUCAGCAAUUUAUAAAUAGUUUACGCCAUUGUUUUUCUAUUUAAUGUGAAUUUAUUUCUCAUGUGGUUGGAUGGUUCUUUCCCCUUGUUUCGAUAUUGCUGACUGGAUUCCUUCAAUUAUAGCAGCAUUAUUAUUAUUAUUGUUAUUAUUGUAGCAAUUUGCGGGCACAAAGUGCAUUCGAGUGUGGUUUUCCUGGCCGUUAUUUAUUACAAUAUUUUGACCACACACGCGUCAAUAUUUUUCCGAAUAUUUUUCAAAACUUUUGCACAUGUGGCGAAACGUGCUAAAAUUGCGUUUUUCCACAAAUUUAUUGUUUAUAUCGUGUAUUUUAAGCGUUACACUUUAAGGCAUUCAAAUUACCAUACAUAAUUCUUCAACAUACGUACAUACAAGAAUAUUAAAGUGUGUGCGGGUGUGUCUGACAGUAUGUGUGUGUGUGCAUGUGUGUGUGGCGGACGUUCCACAUUUGUCUUCCUCUUUUAUAAACAAAUUUUUGAUUUCGAUAAUUCGUGGGAUAUUCUUGUCUUGCGUACCGUUGUUUCUAGUGCCGUAUCUCGCUGAGUAAACAAACAAAAUCCAAUUGAGCAUUUCAAUACGCACUCACACACACGUAUGUAUAUAUGUAGAUAUAUGCAUAUAGUAUCUAUCUGGUCAGUCGGUCAUUUGUAAAUGCUGUGAACCGACCAUGGACAAGGUGCCACCGCCAAAGCCGCGUCGCACGCGUCAAAAGCUCAACACAUCCCUCCACUAUGAAUCCUUGCCAACGGCGCCGCCUGCGAUGUGCGGCCGUGCCGAUGAGAACAUCUUUCAGUUUCCAGCCGUCGCGUCCCGUGCUCGCAAUCUGUCCGCAUCGCCCAAACAGUGUGCCGAGAAGGAUUUGCCCGUUUGCCAGCAUGGCAAGCACAGUUGCUACUUUUGUCAGCCGUAUCGCGCGGAUCGUGGCACAAUUGAGCCGCUCAAGAAUCGUCUGAACUCGGCCAUUGAGGCUAUGGAUCAGCUGACGCGCACAUAUGCCUUGCUAGAGGGAUUGCUGGAGCAAAAGCUGGCCACGAUUACCGACAAUGAGGAGGAGUCAGCUGCGGAGGAAGUGCCCGAAAGUGCUGCACCAGUCUCUCCAACUCUACCGCCAGCCUCAUCACAAACUCCAAGUACAAGUAUAGCGCCUACUCCAGUAGCCACUCCAACUCCGACUCCAGCUGCUGCAGCCAAAGCAGAUGCGGAAUUUGAACUGGAGCACUCGCUCACCUGGCUGGAGUCGCUCUUUGGCACUGAAGUGGUGCCGCCCAUCAAACAGGGCAAGUUCAAGCGCAUACGCGAGCGCAGCAAGUCCAUGAUGGAGGACGAGAUCAACAUGUAUUUGAAGGGCGAUCGCCAGCUAAAGAUGAGCUCCUCGCGUCCAUAUCUGCUUCGUCGUCAGAGCACCUACAGUGACAACAAAUCGAAGGUAUCGAAGUGGACCAAGGUAAAGGCGGCCUUCAAAUGGGAGCGUGCCAAUGUGCCACCCGCUGGUGGUCAAGAAGCAGGCACUCUGAUGCCCCUGAAUAUGGAGGUGGAGAGAUACUUAAAAGUGCCCAUUAAUACGGCGGGCGGCAGCAGCUCUGCGGACAGCAUCAUAAGCUCCUCAUCGGGACACUUUAUGAGCGAGGCGGGCGGCACACCAGGCACCAUUAGCUCGGCGAGCUCCAUGGAUGAGCUGCAUCAGGAAUCAGGCAAUCGACAAGCGAUGCGUCGCCACUCAUCCAAGAGCGUCACCCACACGCCCAAUAUUGAGGUAGAGUUGCGUAAAUCCGCCACAGAUGAGCGCCUGGAUGCAGUAAAGGCGCCAACGAUGCCCAGCAAGUCCGCCUCUAACAAAUCAUUGCGCCGGUCGAAGGCUUUCUCCGACUUUGAAGUGUUGCCCGAGGAUCAUGAGGCGGACAUAAAGUCGACGUCAAGUCGCAGAAAUAAGCUGCCGCCAAGUCCGUUGAAUCUCAAUCAUGUGUGCAGUGAUCUACCGCAAUUGCAUUCGCCGCUCAAAAGUCCUGGCAAGGAUGGUAAUCAGUUGUCCAUGCGGAUGCGACACGUCAGCUCACCAGGAAACAGCUCGGUGCCGAGCAGCCCUUCGCGUCACUCGGAUUUCUUUGGUGAAUUCGAGAGCGAGGAUCUGUCGAGCGGCGAUUUCUCGGAGCCAACAACGCCAAAUCGUAAGAGUUUGCUUAAGAUCGAAGAUGAGGUAUUUCAGCAUUAUCAACUUCUACUACUCAAACUAGAUCUGGAGUUCAAGAACAAGCAAAGCGAAUUCGAGCAAUCCGGUGCCAGUAAUCGCAGUGUCAAGCUAUGCAGUGGUGGUCCAGGCAGCGGUAGCGGCAAGCGGAGCAGUGAGGAGCAUUCCCCAACGCAGCUGCUGCACAGCGAAUUGAUGUCCACCGAAAAACUGGAGCAGAAUUUGACGCCCCAGUUCAAGAAGAAGCUACACAAAUGGCGCGCCAAACAACAGAGCUCCAAUUGCUAUGCCACCUCCGAGCCAGCGUCCAGUCCUACGGCCAAGAGUCAAAGCGGUGGGGAGCUAAAGCCCAAGAUCGAUUGGAAUCUUUGGAGUUCAGGUGCUCUUAAGCUUGAGGGUCAGGGUUUGUGUGCGCUGCCCGAUCAAAAGGAUUUGCCCGAGAAGUUCCAGAAGAAGUUGGAUCAAUGGAACCGCUUGAAAUGUCCGCCAGUUGGCGGCACAAAUUCCGACAAUGAUUCACUGAAACGUAGUUCGAAGCAUAAUCAGUCGACGCGACGCGGCUCCGAUGAUGAUCGUUGGUACAAACACAAACCGCACGACAAAGAGAAAUUGGCGCGUCUGAAAGCCAUUGUGGCGCCGGAUCAUACGUCCAAGAACAUUGAGGUAAAGACCUCAGAUGGCGAGGUGAUGAAAUUCGAGGGCAUUUCGCGCAAGUUCACACGAAAACUCUACGAAUGGGAAAAGGCACGAGGCAUUGGCCCAGAGGCAUCCACAUUCGCGCUGCUCCAUCCUGGCUAUUGUCCUAUCGAUGUGCGACGCAUCAACAAGGAAUGUCAUAAGGCCACUGCCGAACACUCUCCCACGUUGAGUCGCUCGUUGUCCUUGGAUAGCGUCGCUCCCAGUGUGAAUCAGGCACAGGUCAUUUCACAGCAGGCCUCAUCCUUAUCACUCAAUGAUGUCAAUGAGUUCAAGGAGCUGCAGGACUGCGCCGAUGUCACCGAUCAUGAGUUUAAGAAAUACGACGAACCCGAAGCGGUGAUGGUCGAGGUGGAGGAGCACAUCCAUGACACUGCCUCGCCGCUGGUCACAGCGCAUACGUUGGUCGAACAACAGACGCCCAUCUACAAAUACGAGGAGGUGCAAUGCAAUGACUAUGUCAACUCGCGUCGCGUGCAAAGCUUCGAGUCGCACACGAAUCUGGCACCGCUUUUGGGGGCUUUGAAACGUGCCGAUGAGUUGUUUGCCCAACUGCGCGAUGCCUCGCCCGACAUUGUCGAGCAUGUCGCAAUGCGGGAUUGCCAGACGUCAUUGCUGAGCAUACGCAGCAUUUAUCCAUAUUACUCGAACAACCUGAUGAAGCCGAGCGUGCUCAAUGCCGUCUCCGAUGUCCAGAGCGAGCUGGGACGUCUAGCAGAGCUGUGCCUGAAGUCGCCACUGGACGAGGCAUGUUGCCAGGAAACGAUGCAGGAGCGCAACAACGAGUACACGGAGGAACUUCAAGGAUUGCACGAAUCUCUACUCUGUCUAAAGUUGGCCAUUCAAGGUGGCUCGAAUCGUUAUCCACGCGAUAUUGUGCCGGACAUUAAUAUCACGGCGGAGGAUGGCCAGCAGCUGGAGACGAGCUCAUCAUACGCCACCUGCGAUGCCUCCAGUCGUGACUACCUAACGCUGGAGGAGCACAGCGCUGCCUCGCCCUCACCCUCGCCGAUGGAGCACGAGCAUGAGACGGAGACCAGCACCACCACGGGCACACUGUGCCGUGCCAGCAAUGUUCUUGUGAAUGCCAAUGUGAAUGCGGCCAAGAAGAAGCUGAGACUGCGCAAGAUGGGAUCGCGACAGAACAGCAAGACGGAGAGCGACAGCAGCGAUGCGGAUACACACAGUGUGCUGGAGACACCAAGACGUCUACGCCGCAAGAACUUCCGCCUCAAACAGCGCUCGCUGGACGAUGAUUUCCGCCUGAGCUCGUAUACGCCAGCUGUCUCCUCAGCCCCAGUCGAAACAGACGACAUAAUUUGCGGUUCGCUGAUAGUGAAGCCGGGCGAGCGCAUUGAGGAGACGCACAGCAUUGCCAGCAGCUUGCCACAGCCGGUGGCACAGCUGAGCGGCUUUGUGCCACCACCGCUGCCGGAGCCGCACACGCGCAGUUACAACACCAAUGCCAAUGUGUUUGUGAAGACGAAGCGAAAGCUUUUCACCACAGUACCGGAACCCACUGCUGCCGAGGGCAUAGUUUUCAUCGAGAAGGAGCUGGAGAGUCCCACGCACAGUCACGAGGAGGCACAAUCAAUGCUACACACUAAGCUGGUGCCCACUCCGCGUCCGCUCAGCCUGUUCAAGUCCAUUAGCCUGGACCGUUUGACGCCAUUGCGUCCCAAGGAGGAGCUGCGUAAGUGCCAAAGUGCCGAGCAGCUGCGACGCGUCUCCUUGCAGGUGCGUCCCCCUCUGGCCAGCGAUAGCAUAAAGCGUCUGGCGCGUUCCAAGCGUCAGCUGGCAACUGCAUCGGCUGCCACCACGACCACGCCAUUCCCCCAGGUGCCGCCACGUCGUGCGCAUCUGUACAAGAAGAACUCGCUCCACAAAUCGCAGAGCGCCACCGUGAGCAACAACAUUGAGCACAAGAUUGCCAAGACCAGCUCCGGCUCGACAAUGAGCAAAGCUUGCCCUGUCUCCACAUCGUCUUCGUCGCUGGUGUUGCCCAACAAGCUGGACAACACAUUACCACGCAUACAACGCAAACUGGAGGGCAAAACACUGCUCACGCCCACCAAGCCCAAGCAGUUUGAGUUCCCACCGCCCAUGCUGGAAGCGGAACGUCCAGCGACGCCGCUCACAGAGCGUGCGCUGCGUCUACAACAGGCCAAGGCACAGUUUCUGCAGAGUGCGCCAGUUACACCUCGACAGGAGCCGACGACACCAUCCUCAGUCAUGGCCAUCAACGAGGCGGCUGCUUCGCUCCACAAGAGCGUCAGCGUAGGCAGCAUGCGUGGCGACACCGCACGCUCCACGGAGCAGUUGCAACAGCAGGAGGUGACCACGGAUCAGGAGAGCGUUAGCAACUCCAGCGCUUACGAUAGCUUGCCUCGCUCUGUUAGUCGCUCGGGACGCAUCUCCAGCAAGUUGGGCUUUGCCACGCUCGCCUCCAAGUUGCGACGCGGCGGUAAAAAGUCCAAGGAUCCGCCACCGUCUUCGCCAGCUGGGCCCAUGGGCAGCGCUCUCUCGGCACUGUGUCGUCAAACGCUGUUCGCCGAUGUGAUUGCGCUGCCGCAGGUCAGCAGCGGAGAACGACCGCCACCCAGUCCCAACUCUGCCAGCUCCACGCGGAAUGUGCACAAGUCGCAGAGUUCUCCACAGGCUGCAGUCACUGGGGGAUCGACAAUCAAUCUGCACGACAGCUACGAGGGGCUGAACAAGUCCCUCAGCGAGCAAUAUGUGCGUCAGCUGAAGGAGAGCGAUGUCUAGUCAAAGCGCAAGCGAAAUACCUCUAAAUCUAAGUCUUCUCUAAGCAUAGCUGGGUCUAACAUGGCAGUGGUCAAAGAAGGUUUUAGUAAAGCGAAAAAAUAUUCAAUUUGGGGUGGGAA